UUGGUGCACUUCGCUGUCUGUUGGAAAUUUACUGAACUUAAAUCUAUGGCGCAACGUGUUAAAAGGCCGGAGCGUCAUCAGGAGGACAGGAGGUGUAUAUAUUCAUGCUGCCACAGUGAGCUGCACAGCAAAGCAGCAUCGAGGCAAAGACAUGGCCCCAACCAAGCAGAGACAGAACGAAGAGAAUCUCAGUGAAUGGCAGAUCUCCAACGCAGAUCCUGGACAUCCGGUGAAAUGCUGUCCGGAUACCACAGAUGCUGCUUCCCUGAGCAGCCCCGCUCUGGACGUACUUGCAGCAGAGAACUUCAUUCACCAGUCCAUGGCCAUCAUUAUGGAAGAUGCAGUGAAAAAGGCCACUGAUGUCAGAGAAAAGGUCUGUGAGUGGCGUUCCCCCGAGCAGCUGAAGGAGCUGCUGGACCUUGAGCUGAGAGACGACGGAGAGUCUGAGUCUGAGAUCCUGCAGCGCUGCAGAGAUGCAAUCAGAUACAGCGUCAAGACCACUCAUCCUCGUUUCUUCAACCAGCUGUAUGCAGGCAUGGAGCCCUAUUCCAUGGUGGCAAGCUUCAUCGUGGAGGCCCUCAAACCCAGUCUUUACACAUACGAGGUGGCUCCAGUCUUUACACUGAUGGAGGAUGCUGUGCUGAGGAAGAUGAUGGAGAUUAUCGGCUGGGAGGAAGGAGGAGAUGGAAUCUUCAAUGCAGGUGGCUCAAUGUCCAACAUGUACGCUGUGAACUUAGCCAGGUACCAUCACUGCCCUGACAUCAAAGAGGUCGGCCUCUCUGCUGUGCCGCGACUGGUCAUGUUCACGUCACAGGAGUGUCAUUACUCCAUUUCCAAAGCAGCGGCUUUACUGGGCAUCGGCACUAAGAAUGUUUAUGUGGUUCCAUCUGAUAAGAGAGGGAAGAUGAUUGCCUCGGCUCUGGAGGAGCAGAUCAGGACUGCUAAAAAUGAGGGUGCAGUCCCCUUUAUGGUGAAUGCCACAGCAGGGACCACAGUGCUCGGAGCUUUUGAUCCCAUCCAAGAAAUUGCAGACAUCUGCGAGAAGUACAAUCUGUGGCUGCAUGUGGACGCCUGCUGGGGAGGAGCAGCUCUGAUGUCUAAGAAGCAUAAACACUUGUUAAAGGGCAUCCACAGAGCCAACUCUGUCGCCUGGAACCCUCACAAGAUGCUGAUGGCAUGUCUGCAGUGCUCUGCUUUCCUGGUCAGAGACAAAACGGGUCUCCUCCAGCGCUGCCACUCUGCUCGGGCCUCCUACCUCUUCCAGCAGGAUAAGUUCUACGAUGUCAGCUACGACACCGGGGACAAGUCCAUCCAGUGCAGCAGGAAGCCGGACGCCUUCAAGUUCUGGCUCAUGUGGAAGGCUUUGGGAACUGGGGAGCUGGAGCAGAGAGUUGACAGGGCCUUCGCCAUGGCCAGGUAUCUUGCGGACGAGAUCAAGAAAAGAGAAGGGUUCCGUCUGUUGAUGGAGCCUGAAUAUGCAAACAUUUGCUUCUGGUACAUUCCACCAAGUCUGAGGAGCCUUACGGAUGGCCCUGAGCUCUGGAAAAAACUCCACACUGUGGCCCCGGUGAUUAAAGAGCGCAUGAUGAAGAAUGGCAGUAUGAUGGUCUGCUACCAGCCGCACGGAGACAAGGUCAACUUUUUCAGGAUGAUCAUCAUCAGCCCACAGGCCAGCACACAGGACAUGGACUUUGUCCUGGAUGAGAUACACAAUCUGGGAAAAGACUUGUGAUGAACUGUCAGCAUCAGUGAAGGGCCUCUCUAACGCACUUUGUUCAUCUAUUUUGCACAUAGCACUGGUGCGUCAGUAGUUGAAAGUUUUAUUGCACAAACCACAAAAUUGUAGCACGAGUAACGUCUGUUACCAUCCACAAGUAGCAUAGUUCAUCACAUAAACAGUCAUGUGACUGGCAAAGGGCAUUCAUAUACAUGUUUACAGGUAUUUUUUACAAUUGAAGUGCUGUCGAGAGCUUCCAAACUAACCCUCAAAGCCAUGCUGGCCAAUCUGAAGCCUGAAAAAACAGGCAGGUAGCUAAUCCUACCACUUCUUACCACCACUAUCAUAAUCUACAUAUACACUGAUUCUUCAGUUGCUUUUUGGGAAAAUGGACCUUUGGGCUUGGCUAGAUUUCACUAAUCAUAAGCUGAUUUACAGCAUGUUCUUCCAGAAUAUUCCUCUCCUCUCACUUUUUCUCAAAUUCAAAUCAAUUGAAAUGUCUAAAUCUACUUUAAAAGAACAUGUAUUUGUUGUGAAGGAGACACAAUUUAAUGGAUCACAUCAGGGGAGACCUAUGUGUCUGUCACAGUGACAGUGGUGUUUACAACUGGCAUAACAUGCAGUGUUUUACAUAUUGCUAAUAUCUUAUAUCUUUAUAUCAGAAAGCUAAUGUUUUAGGGACAGCUUUGGGAAGUCUUUCAUGUUUACCUAUUAUGUUACAUGAAUCAUAUGUCAGAGUCACACAAUGUUACUGUGUUACCUGAUUCUCUUUGUUUAAUUGGUUUUUCUGUGAAGGGAGUCCUGUUUUUUGGUAGAUGGUGCAGUUCUGCUGUGAAUAACUUUUUAUGAGAAUCUUAAAUAAAACAA